UAACACUUGAAUGGCAGCGGCGGCAGUAGCGCAACUAUUAUCAACUCAAUUUGAAUAAAUUCGCUCGUGACACAAAAGUAAAGAAGGGGAAAACGCUGAAAUUCCCACCUUAAAUUAAAUAAGCAAUGAGUUUGUCUCGCAAAAAAAAAAAAGAAAAAAGGUUCGGGGCGGUCGCACAAUUGGCACUUGAAAGGCAUCAAGAUACAAUGGCAAUAACUGCAGCAGCAACAUCAGCAGGGGAGACAGCGGCAAACGAGCUAAACAAGUAUUGCUGCUGUGCCGAGAAGCAGCAGCAGCAGCAGCAACAGCAACGACGGCAGCAACAUCAGCAGAUAAAAGGCAGACAAAAGGCACGAGAUGUGAGAGACGUCUAGGGUUGCUGUUGCUGUUGCGCCGCUGCCCCUGCUGCAUGGGAAUUGAAUUCCAUUCAAAAGACGGCAGCAGGCUGUUUGUCAUACUUGCAACAGCAACAGCAAAAGCAACACGGCAGCAACAUUGCCAAGAAGCAGAACCCAGUGAAAUGGCUUACAUGCAUUUCUCUUCCUCUCUUCCAGCAGGCGUGUUGAGGUGUGUUGAGAUAGCAUCUUGCAUAAAAUUACUGCCAGUGGUAGGAGCAACAUCAGCAUCUACACCACCAGCACCAGCAGCAGCAGCAGCAGCAACAGCAGCAGGAGCAACAGCAGCAGCCACCAGCGACGUGGUUGCCUGAUGCUAUGCCACUGAUAGCCUCGAAAUUGUUGGCAGUUGCAAUUUGCUGUUUGGAAUUUUAAGCGAGCCAACAAUGAAGUUCAAACCGAAGCGAGGGAAACGAAAUAAAAAAGCGAACUAAAAGAUAAAAACCCAGAGAACCCAAAGGAAGAAAGCCAGAGGAGCCCGACAGCAACAUCAUUCUCAUGCUCAUCAGCAGCAAAAGCAGCAGCAGCAGCAGCAAAAAGUUUAACCCGUCUCUGUUUUCGAUUUUUGAUUGCCUUUAAAAAGAUUCGAUUUUCGGAACAAAGGAAGUCUAGAUUGUAUUGGGUUUACUCAUAGUUUUCGGGGCGGAACAUGUCAUGUUUGCAUAAUGCUGAUAACUUUUUGGAAAGUCAUUAAAG